UUGAGGUGAUACAGGAGGGGGUGAGUGUCAGGGAGACAGCAGAGCGGAGAACGAGGGGGGAGAAAGAGGAGAACGCAUCCGGCGGAGGGAGCGACGGCAGGUUUUCCCAGCGCCCCCCCUGCGUGACGCACUGCGAGCCCCGGCUGGCUGGAGCGCUGCUGCCGCUUUCUCCUUCUCCUCCGCCGCAAACGCCGCUCCGCAGACGCCAGUGAACAACCCAGCAGCGGUCGGCAGGGGCCAUGAGGGCGCCGGAGGCUCCGCCCACCCUCCACAGCAGCUGAGACAGCAGACAUGGGCUCGGGCGUCUCGGAUGGCAGCGCUAGGCUCCGCCCCCUCUUCUUCGGUCCUGCCCCCUCCUCCUAGGCUCCGCCUCCGUCGCCUCCACCACAAGGUUUUCCGUGUUUGCUAGCAGCUCCCCGUUAAGACUCUACCAUGAGAAUGUCCGACGCCGAAGCCUCCAGGGUCUCCCAGACCCCCGACACUGCGGCGCCGCCGCCCCCCGCCAAAGACAGCGCCGCCGCCGCCGCCAAGCCCGAGGAGCACAGCCCCAUCGGGAACAGCAGCGGCAAGACGGACGCUCAGUCCAACGCCAGGCUGAAGCUGGUGCGCAGCCUGGCGGUGUGUGAGGAGUCCUUCCCCUGCCUCGUCCCCCAGCCCUCGCCAACACCUCAGGUAAAAUAUACAAAGUGUUUUUACAAUCAGACCUCCAAUCAGACAGCUGGGAUUGAACACUUCCUGUCUGGGGAUGACGUCAUGGAUGAUGCAGCCUCCCAGCAGCAGGGCGGCGACGGCAGCAGCAGCAGGAAGCCGCUGUCCAGAGACUCCAGUCAGGACUACACGGACUCCACGGGCAUCGACCUGCACGAGUUCCUGGUCAACACGCUGAAGGGCAACCCCAGGGACCGAGUCCUGCUGCUGAAGCUGGAGCAGGACAUCCUGGACUUCAUCAGCAAUAACGACAGCCAGAGGCGGCGCUUCCCUCCCAUGACGUCGUACCACCGCAUGCUGCUGCACCGCGUGGCCGCCUACUUCGGCAUGGAGCACAACGUGGACCCCAGCGGCAAGGCGGUGGUCAUCAACAAGACCAGCAGCACCAGGAUACCGGACCAGAAGUUCUCGGAUCACGUCCAGGACGACUCCCAGCAGCGCUACAUCCUCAAGCGGGACGACUCCGGCUGCCAGCGCCACGACGACGCCACGAUCCGGAUGCGUCUGAAAGCUGACAGGAGGAGCAAGUCGAUGGAGGAGCGGGAGGAGGAGUACCAGCGGGCCCGGGAAAGGAUCUUCGCCCACGAUGGGUCCGAUCACUUCCUGCUGGACAGAAGCACUCAGGAUGAAGACGCUCGCCUGAACAGCCAGCAGAGGCGCCAAAUGUUCAGGCUGCGGUCGGGCCGGUCGGGCGCCAGCCGCCACAGCAGCUCGGAGACGGACUCGGUCACGGCGGCGGCGGUCACGGCGGCGGGGGGGCGGGGCUUCGGCGAGCCGCGGCCGUGGAGCAGCACCGACAGCUCGGACAGCUGCCAGCAGCCGCCCCAUCGGCCCCCCCGGCCCGCCUUCACCAAGGCCCGCAGCUUCAGCGGCCUGGCCCGCGGCGACAGCACGGCCAGCAGCGCCGGGCGCCUCUCCAAGACCGGUUCGGAGUCAUGCAGCAGCGUGGGCUCCUCCUCCAGCUCGCUGUCCCGCCCCCAGCUGCCCCUCCUCCCGGCCCCUGCCCCUCCUCCUCUCUCCUCGCAACCCGACACUACCGCCAAGAGCGCCGCCGUCGUACCGCCUCCGCCGCCAGCGCCGGCAGACGUGGCGAGCUACUUCCUGCUGCCGCUGGACGCCUCAGGGAUCCCCCCCGGCAGCGUACUGAUCCACCCACACACAGGCAAGCCUUUCCUCCACCCGGAUGCCGUCAUGUACGGCGCCGCCACCAGGGUCCCACAGCAGGGGAAAGCCACGGCCAAUCAGCUCCACUCACAGCAGACCUGUCCUCCUGUCCAGCCGUCCUCAGAUCACCCAGCGGCCUCCUGUCCUCUUCCUCCUCCUCCUCUUCCCCCCUCUCAGUUCCUGCCCGUCUGUCCUAACCAGCAGUUCACUGUGCCCGACGCCCUCAACGCCCAAUUCAGUCACAUGACCCUGACGCAGCAUCCGCCCAAUGACAGCGUGGCGCCCCCUGAUGGCCGCCACCACAACCUCUCCGUCUACCACCCCCACCACUCCCCCUCGCCCGUGGUUCUCCAGGGCGCCACCCAGCAGCAGCAGCAGCAGCAGGUGGCUGGAUACGUGGUCACCGGCCCUUCGGGGGGCCACCCGGCGGGGGUCCUGCAGGGCCAGAGCCACGCCUACUCGAGCCCCGCCCCCUCUGGCUCCGCCCACCCAGCGUUCCCCCAGCUGGCCUUCAUCCAGCAGCCCGUCCAGCAGAUAUCUACAUGCUACUGCUCAUCAGCACAUCAGCAGCAACAGCAGUACUACCGCCCCCUGCUGCCCUACAACUGCCCCAACCUGCCCCAGCAACAAGUGCACCAGGCCGUGAUGCCGACCCUGGCGUCUGGCUACCAGCCGGCGCCCGGCCUCUCCCUCGCCGGCAACCAGCAAAGCAAUACGGGCAACCAGAUGCAAGGCAUGAUGGUCCAAUACCCCCCGAUGCAGCCGUACCAGCAGGUCUCCGUCCCCCAGCAGACCUACCAGCAGCCAGUAAUGGUGUCCUGCCAGCCAGGAGGGGGCGCCGUGCAGCCCUGCUACAGCCUGCUGCCCCCGAACCAGCACGCCACCAUGAGCUCCACGGUGAGCUUCCUCCCUCCCUCCAUGAUGGAUCAGCUCCAGUUCCCCCAGCCUCCGCCGCCCUGCGUCUCCCAGCAGCACCCGGGGCAGCAGUACGCAGGCCUGUUGGCCCCUCCCCCCGGUGGCAUUGGCGGCGGCAUGCUGAUGCUGCAGAUGACCUCGGCCCCCGGCCCCGCCCCCCAGCAGCAGCAGCAGCCCCGCCCCCUCUCCCCCUGCCAGAGGAAGCCGCCGGGCCGCCACCUCCAGCGGGCCCCGGACCUCCUGCGGCCUCCGCCGCCGGACCCCGCCCAGAGCAGCCCGCCGUCGCCCGGCAACAAGGGCGUCCUCCCCGUCAUGGCGCCCCUCCCCCACCCUACAGCCUUCUGCCACAGUGGACAAGGUGAGCCUCACCUCUCCUUCCUGGGUCAGCCGCUGCAGCUCAAGCCCUCCGUCCACGCCGCGCACGUGGUGGCCAAGCACCAGGGUGCACUGGGGGUGUGGCGGAGCGGCCCCGGGAAGAAGUCCGGCAGGAAGCCUCUGUCCUCACAUCUCAGCUGAGACUCCGGCGCCGGACCCUCAGGGUGGCGGAGGCGGCCGAAUCAAACGCACCUGCUGGACUCCAGACUCCACAAACCUACUUUUUUUUAUUUUAAUUUUUUUUUUAAUUUUAAAUAUUUCUUUCUUUUUUUU